CGGCAAAAAGCUUGCUGUUAUUUCUUGUGGGUUUAUAUUGCCUUCAUUGGUGUGCAUUCUAGAGGGUUGAGGUUAAGCAUCGAAAGUUUUACAGAAACGAUACAAAACUGCCGCUGUAUCGGUGGCCCACCAGGAAGGAGACCCCCCCCUCGCCGAACCAAGCUCAUUGUUAGCUGCAGCCAGGAAGGAUGUACUGAUCCUGGCUGCUUUGUUAUUUCAAGGCUCUUGCACAUCCUGACGUCAGGCUGCUUUUCCCUUCUCGCCUUAUUUCCUGGAGGCAGGCGCUCAGUUCCUGCAGCCAAGGCUCGCAGUCCAGCUGGAUGCCCGCACGCGCCCGGACCUGGUCCGCCUGCUCUGCCGCUGCUACAAAACCCACGGGCACCGUCAUUCUCUACGUCCGAGGCUCGGCCGCGGUCAGCGCUCUACCUGCCUUCCGUGCGCUGACUUGGGCAGGUCCCUUCCUUACGACGCGAAUGUAUGGUCUAAGGAAUUUUCCUGGAAUAUUUUGCGUUAUUUAUUGGGCAGAGGUGAUCAGUUUAAUCAUCCUUUUCAUUAAUGUGGAUUUCUGCCAGGCUUUUGGAUUGAUGGAUGAUACCGCAAUUGCAAAUAUUGACUAAGAAGCGUGGAUUUCUGGAUUUUUUUCCAUUGAUACUGCAUUUUACAUUAACUGACACGGGAAUCUGAACAGAAAACGCGCUUUAUUCUAAGGGUCAUAUUAAGGUUUGGCAUUACAUCUUGUUUGCUUGAUUUAUGUAUAUAUAUACAUAUAUAUAUAUAUAUACAUAUAUAUUGUCUACAGCGUGUUGCACCCUUUUCUGCAGAAGAACUUCCGUAUCGCGCAAAGCGCUGUAAUAUUUUACUGUUUUAUUACAAACAGUACCAUAUAUAUGUAUAUAUUUUUGCAAAACUUGGGAUCAUCUAUAGAACAGCGUCAUUGCAAAAUACCAAAGCAUAAACAUAAGCCGUUCUGUCUUUAGGGUGAUUACGCUAUAGCACUUGAAAAUGAAACACUGAGGAACAGUAUCUGUAUUUUUACAAAUAAGAAACAAUGACCGAGGAUUGUGAGCUGCUCGACAGAGACCUAUCCAAGAUGUCUGAUGAAGAAAUAUUGACUUACACUAAAGAGGACCUAGUUAAGAAGCUGAGGAAGGAAGAGUCUGAGAAAAUCUCUACCUUGAUCCAGAGAGGUAGACUUAUCAAAGAGGUUAAUAAACAGUUGCAGGAGCACCUGCUGGAAAUCAGAGAGUUAAAAGUGGUGAACCGCAAACUACAGGAGGAAAACCAGGAGCUAAGAGACCUCUGUUGUUUCUUGGAUGAUGACAGACUGAAGGUAAAAAAAUUGGCCAGAGAAUGGCAACUAUUUGGACACCAUGCAGCAAAAAUAAUGCGAGAGGAUCUUGGGGGGUACCUAAAGAAACUUGCUAAGCUAGAGAGGCUUCAGGAGGACUUCAUCAAGGAAAAUCUGGAGCUAAAGGAGCUUUGUUUGGUCUUAGAGGAAGAAUGUGUAAGCAGGUCUGAUGCCAGCCCUGCUGGCUCUUCUGAGCUGAACCUGCCAUGUGGGCCCAGAGACUUGGGUGAUGGGAGCUCCAGCACUGGUAGUGUGGGAAGUCCAGAUCAGUUACAUCUGGUCUGCUCCCCUGAGGACUAGAACUUUACCUUCUAACUGAGGAUUAUUACACGCUCUUCUCACCAGAAAUGUAUGGCCCAGCCUGCUUAUCUGAAGGCCAAGCUUUCAUAUGCUUACCUGAAGAUUAGAAUUUGGCCUUCAUGCCUAAAUGCCACAGCUUUAGCUGCACAUCUAGUGACUAGGCCAUGGUCUGCUUUGCAGUGGACCUAAACAUUAUUCGCUUUUGCGUAAGGCCUUGAGUCUGGUUUAUGUUUCCUCAGCUUAGACAGCAAACGUUGUGCCAAAUUCAACAAUUAUUUCCUUCAUGGUGCUCAAUAAAGUCUGCCAUCUGUGUAGGCAGUUUUUUUACUGUGCCAUACUGGAUUCCAUAACAUUUAGCAAUAGUAUCACUGGCAACAUUUUAAUUUAUUUUGAUAUAGUUCUAUUAACAUUCAUAUAUUGGUACUUUUUUUUGCAACAGAUUGCAGGGUUCAUAUGUUGCAUGCUAGAUGCAGCAAAGGUAAUUGUCAACACAGAUACUGCCUGUUUUUUACUUUGUUAAUGGUGAAUAUGACAUUACUCACAAAUGCUGCCUGUCUUUCAUUCUGUUAAUGGCAAAAAUGAGACUACUGGUUAUUUUAGUCACAUUUUCAGAAACUGGUACAAUGAAAAUAAAAGUGUUUCUGUUCCUCAA